AUGUCUUUAUCAAAUCAGAGGACACAUGAGGGAGUUAAAAGAUUGGAUCCGUUUAACAUGUGGAAUAAGAGAACCCUACUUCUUUCUAGAAGCAAAACUGUCGAAGAAGAGGAAAAAGUGAUAAAAGAACAUGCUAAUCAUUUACAGCGAUGCGUCAUAUUAGAGAAUAAAACAUUUGUUACAAAACAAACCGUUGAAACAUUAUUGGGUGAUUUAGUAGAUUUAAUGGGUUCAAAUUCAGUUUGUAAUGAUUUUGAAUGUUCUCUUUUGUUGAGUGGUCUUUUGGAUUAUGGAAAUGGAUUUGAGAAUCCUGAAAGACCAUCAUCAGAAGAUCUUGGGAUAUUGAAACCUACAUUUAUCUUAAUUAACAAACCCAAAUCCAAUAUUUGA